AUGUUGAUAAGGUGUCGGACGGCACUGUGUGCCGUCGCGCUCCUUCUAGCCGCCACACCCACUAGCUCAGAGGGUAAUCUCUUCACGUGUCCAAGCGGUUGGGAACUAAAAGGUUUACACUGUUACAAAUUCUUCAAUAUAAGACAUUCUUGGGAAAAAGCAGCCGAACUAUGUCGAAGAUACGGCAGCGAAUUAAUGGUAGUAGACACGUAUACAGAAAACAAUAUGACAGCUAGCAUGGUACCUGCUAGUCCAAGCAAUAACCAUUAUUGGUUAGGACUUGCAACUGUAGAUGAUCUUAGAACCAACACACUUGAGUCAGCAGCUGGUACCUUAGUAUCGCAAUAUGCUGGUUUCUGGGAUCUACGGCAACCGAAUCCCAAAGACGGAGAAUGUGUAGAUGUACAUGUAUCGUCAGAUAGUCAAUCAUGGGAGUUAACCACAUGUGAAACUCUCCUGCCCUUCAUGUGCAGAGCUAACGCCUGUCCCGCUGGAACCUUCCAUUGUUCAAACGGAAAAUGUAUAAAUGCAGCCUUCAAAUGCGACAAGCAAGACGAUUGUGGUGAUGCGUCCGACGAAAUGGAUUGUGUUUCUGAAUGUCAUUUCUACAUGGCCAGCAGUGGUGACGUAGUAGAGAGUCCAAAUUAUCCACACAAGUAUCCAGCAUUUAGCGAAUGUAAAUGGACACUCGAAGGGCCACAAGGUCAAAAUAUUGUUCUACAAUUUCAAGAUUUUGAAACUGAAAAAUCAUUUGAUACUGUUCAAAUUUUAGUAGGAGGCAGGACCGAAGACAAAUCUGUUAAUCUAGCUACGUUAUCAGGCAAACAAGACUUAUCCAAUAAGCUUUAUGUAUCUGCUUCUAACUUUAUGAUUAUUAAAUUUAGUACAGACGGGUCAGUAGAAAGAAAAGGUUUCCGUGCCUCUUGGAAAACUGAAUCAUCUAAUUGUGGUGGCAUUCUUAGGGCUACACCUCAAGGCCAAAUCUUGACUUCACCAGGUUAUCCAAAUGGUUACCCAGGAGGUUUAGAAUGUAUGUAUAUAAUUGAAGCUCAGCCAGGUAGAAUUGUAUCCCUAGAAAUCGCAGACCUAGAAUUGGGAAUGAACAGAGAUUAUAUUGUAGUAAAAGAUGGAAAUAGCCCAUCAAGUCCAGUCCUGGCAAGAUUAACUGGACCAGGUGAAGAAAAUCAAAAGGUAGUUAUUUCAACUACAAAUCAUCUCUACAUGUACUUUAGAACAAGUCUCGGUGAUUCUAAAAAGGGAUUUAGUAUGAGAUACUCACAAGGUUGCAGGGCAACAAUAAUAGCUUCAAAUGGAACAUUUACUUCACCUGCUUACGGUCUUACCAACUAUCCUAAUAACCAAGAAUGCUUAUACAGAAUUAAAAACCCCAACGGAGGACCCCUCUCUUUGAAAUUCGAUGAAUUUAAUAUUCAUUCAACUGAUGUAGUACAAGUAUUUGACGGCUCAAGUACAAGUGGCUUGAGACUACAUUCUGAAAACGGAUUUAUUGUUAAACCUAGGAUAACAUUAACUGCUUCUAGUGGUGAAAUGCUGAUACGAUUUGUAUCUGAUGCUUUACAUAAUGGUGCUGGAUGGAAGGCUACAUUCUCGGCAGAUUGUCCAACAUUAAAGUCCGGCAUAGGUGCUUUGGCAUCAAACAGAGAUACUGCCUUUGGAACAGUAAGCACAUUCUCGUGUCCUAUUGGCCAAGAAUUUGCCACUGGUAAGCCCCGAAUUACAACGCAAUGUCUUAGUAGCGGCAAGUGGUCAACAACGUACAUUCCUAGCUGUCAAGAGGUCUACUGUGGCCCCGUUCCCCAAAUCGAUAACGGAUUUUCUAUCGGUUCUACAAAUGUUACUUAUCGUGGAGUUGCUACGUAUCAAUGUUAUGCUGGAUUCGCUUUUCCAACUGGACAACCUAUUGAAAAAAUAUCUUGUCUCGCCGACGGGCGAUGGGAAAGGACUCCUACUUGUCUUGCAUCCCAGUGCGUCGCUCUUCCUGACGUACCACAUGCAAAUGUUACUAUACUGAAUGGUGGCGGUCGUAGUUACGGUACCAUUAUCCGUUACGAAUGUGAGCCGGGAUAUGUACGUUCAGGGCAACCAGUUUUACUGUGUAUGAGUAAUGGUACAUGGUCUGGUGAAGUGCCUACGUGUUCGAAAGCAGUAUGCCCUAAAUUCCCUGAAAUUAAAAAUGGUUUCAUUGUUGAUCAAAGUAGAAUAUACAUGUUUGGAGACGAAGCUCGCGUGCAAUGUUUCAAGGGUUAUAAACUCAAUGGACCCAGUAUAUUAAAAUGUGGACCUAAUCAAGAAUUUGAUAACGCACCUACUUGUGAUGAUGUUAACGAAUGCCUUAGCAAUCAAUGUGAUACAGCUUCCACGGAAUGUAAAAAUACUCAAGGUGGUUUCUUUUGCCCUUGUCGACCUGGAUUCUCACCAAGUUUAGAAUGCCGGCCAGUUGGUGAUCUGGGAUUGAUCAACGGUGCUAUUCCAGAUGAAUCUAUUACUACUUCAACUCCAGAAUCAGGAUAUUACAAAGGGAUGGUCCGAUUAAAUAAUGGAGGUGGUUGGUGUGGUAACAAUUUAGAAGCUGGAGCCAACUGGGUCCUUAUAGAUUUGAGAGCACCUACCAUUAUUAGAGGCUUCAGAACAAUGAGCGUUAUGCGUGCAGAUGGCAACAUAGCAUUCACAUCGGCUAUAAGAAUCCAAUAUACUAAUGAUUUAACUGAUACUUUCAAAGAUUAUACUAAUCCUGAUGGAACAGCAGUUGAAUUUCGCAUAUUGGAACCUACUUUAUCCGUUUUAAACUUACCAGUGCCAAUUGAAGCGCAAUACAUUAAAUUUAAAAUACAAGACUACGUCGGGGCUCCUUGUCUCAAACUUGAAAUUAUGGGAUGUGCUAGAUUAGACUGCACUGACAUAAACGAGUGCAGCGAGAAUAAUGGAGGUUGCGAUCAGAAAUGUAUUAAUACCCCUGGAAACUUUUCUUGUGCCUGUAAUAUAGGAUAUGAACUAUAUUCCACUAAUGGUACAGCUGGAUUUGCUAUUGUAUUGUCAGAAACAGGUGAUAGAGAUGGGGACACUUAUCAAAAAAACAAGUCAUGUGUACCAAUAAUGUGUCCUUUACUUACUUCUCCUGAAAACGGUAAAAUUCUAUCUACCAAAAACACGUACCACUUUGGCGAUAUAGUACAAUUCCAAUGUGAUUUUGGUUACGUCAUGUCCGGUUUCGCUUCCUUGCUUUGCACUUCAAGCGGUACAUGGAAUGGAACAGCUCCGGAAUGUCAAUAUGCCCGCUGUGUUACUUUAUCUGAUGACAAAAACGAUGGUCUAAGAAUAAUAAGAGAAGACCCUGAAAGUGUAUUAUUACCAUAUAGAGAUAACGUUACCAUAACUUGUACGGCACCUGGAAGAGAAUUAAGAAAUACACUUACUUCAUCUUUUAGACAGUGUGUUUAUGAUCCCAAACCGGGUCUACCGGAUUACUGGCUAUCCGGUGCACAACCGCAAUGUCCAAGAAAAGAUUGUGGCGUACCUAUGCCAACACCUGGUGCAGAAUAUGGGCAAUAUCUUGAUACAAGAUAUCAAAGCUCCUUCUUCUUUGGUUGUCAAAAUACAUUCAAACUUGCGGGACAAACCAGUAAACAUGAUAAUGUCGUUAGAUGCCAAGGAAACGGUAUUUGGGACUUUGGUGAUUUAAGGUGUGAGGGACCAGUGUGUGAAGAUCCUGGUAGGCCAGCUGAUGGUUUCCAAAUAGCAAGAAGUUAUGAACAAGGAUCAGAAGUUUUGUUUGGGUGCUCUAGGCCUGGAUACAUACUGAUUAACCCCAGACCAAUUACCUGUAUUAGGGAACCAGAAUGUAAAGUUAUCAAACCACUUGGAUUAGCAUCAGGGCGCAUUCCAGACAAUGCUAUUAAUGCCACCUCAGAAAGACCUAAUUAUGAAGCGAGGAACAUCAGGCUAAAUUCCGUCACUGGUUGGUGUGGUAAACAAGAACCAUUCACAUAUGUAAGCGUUGAUUUAGGCAAAGUGUAUCGUGUAAAAGCAAUUUUAGUAAAAGGAGUAGUCACCUCUGAUAUUGUAGGUCGACCUACAGAAAUCAGAUUCUUUUAUAAACAAUCAGAAAAAGAAAACUAUGUUGUAUACUUCCCUAACUUUAAUUUGACAAUGAGAGAUCCUGGAAAUUAUGGUGAACUUGCAAUGAUUACAUUACCCAAGUACGUCCAAGCCAGAUUUGUUAUUUUGGGUAUUGUCAGUUUUAUGGAUAAUGCCUGUCUAAAAUUUGAGCUUAUGGGUUGUGAUGAACCAGCAGCAGAACCAUUACUUGGUUACGACUAUGGAUAUUCUCCUUGUGUUGAUAAUGAACCACCUAUAUUCCAAAAUUGUCCACAACAGCCUCUGGUAGUACAAACGGAUGUCAACGGCGGACUUCUUCCUAUUAACUUUACCGAGCCCACAGCUAUUGAUAAUUCCGGUGCUAUUGCUCGUCUAGAAGUAACACCCGCGCACUUUAGAAGCCCUAUUCAAGUUUUCCACAACAUGGUAGUGCGAUAUGUUGCUUUUGACUUUGAUGGAAAUGUCGCAAUUUGCGAAAUUAAUAUUACUGUACCAGAUUAUACUCCACCAAAACUAAGUUGCCCACAAAGUUAUGUAAUUGAACUUGUUGAUAAACAAGAUAGUUAUGCCGUUAACUUCAAUGAGACUAGAAAAAAGAUCAAUGCUACUGAUGCAUCAGGUGAAGUCUACUUAAAGUUUAUUCCAGAGAGGGCUGUAAUACCAAUACGGGGAUAUGAAAACGUAACAGUAAUUGCUUCUGACAAAUAUGGCAACAAAGCUCAAUGUAAUUUCCAGGUAUCUGUUCAAGCAACACCAUGUGUAGACUGGGAAUUGAUGCCUCCAGCACACGGUGCACUUAACUGCCUCCCUGGUGACAGAGGAAUUCAAUGCAUAGCAACUUGCAGUCCAGGUUUUCGAUUUACUGAUGGUGAACCAGUCAAAACCUUUAUUUGUGAAACAAAACGACAAUGGACUCCGACAGCUGUUGUCCCUGACUGCGUAUCUGAAAAUACACAACAGGCCGCUUAUCAUGUCGUUGCUAACGUGAACUAUAGAGCAUUAGGAGCAGUAUCGAAUGCUUGUUUACCACAAUACAAGGACUUACUGGCACAGUAUGAUAACAUUCUCAAUGAAAGAUUAUCUCAACGUUGCUCAGCUGUUAAUGUAAACAUUAACGUGACAUUUGUAAAAGCGAUGCCGAGUCUUUUAGAUGAAAAUGUUGUUGGAAUGGACUUUGUAUUGGCAAUUACUCCGGCUAUUAGACAAACACAACUAUAUGAUCUUUGUGGCUCAACAUUAAACCUUAUAUUUGAUCUGUCUGUGCCAUAUGCUAGUGCACUUAUUGAACCGUUGUUAAAUGUGUCAUCUAUUGGAAAUCAAUGUCCACCACUUCGAGCUAUCAGGAGUUCUAUAUCAAGAGGUUUUACUUGUAGUGUAGGUGAAGUACUGAAUAUGGAUACAAACGACGUGCCUAGAUGCUUACAUUGCCCUGCUGGUACUUUCGCUGGAGAAAAACAGAAGUCUUGUACCAUGUGCCCACGAGGAUUCUUCCAAAAUCAAGCUCGACAGGGUGCUUGUCUAAAAUGUCCACAAGGAACAUUUACAAGAGAAGAAGGAUCCAAAGAUGUAUAUGAUUGUAUUCCAGUGUGUGGAUACGGUACUUACUCACCAACAGGCCUAGUUCCUUGUCUAGAAUGUCCACGAAAUAGUUACACGGGUGCACCACCAACCGGAGGAUUCAAAGAUUGUCAGGCGUGUCCUGUUAAUACAUACACUUAUCAACCAGCAGCUUCGGGUAGAGAAAAAUGUAGAGCUAAAUGUGCUCCUGGUACAUAUUCUCCAACUGGUAUGGCGCCUUGUUCCCAGUGUCCCAGAAACUUUUAUCAACAUUUAAUAGGUCAAACAAUGUGUAUGGAAUGCCCAACAAAUAUGAAAACUGUAGGCACAGGAGCAACAGCGUUAGAAGAGUGUAUUCCCGUGGAAUGCUCAAACAGUGCUUGCCAACAUGGGGGCCUUUGUGUUCCUAAAGGACACGGUGUUCAGUGUUACUGCCCAGCUGGUUUCUCAGGACGCAGAUGCGAAAUAGAUAUAGAUGAAUGUGCAAGCCAACCUUGUUACAAUAGCGGUACCUGUAUAGAUCUUCCUCAAGGCUAUAGAUGUUCCUGCCCGACAGGAUAUGGUGGCAUUAAUUGUCAAGAAGAGAGAUCUGAUUGCAGAAAUGACACAUGUCCUGAACGAGCCAUGUGCAAAGAUGAACCUGGAUUCGAUAAUUAUACUUGUUUAUGUAGAUCUGGAUAUACGGGCUUAGACUGCGAUAUUACGGUCGAUCCAUGCACAGCUAAUGGUAACCCAUGUACAAAUGGAGCAACAUGUAUUGCAUUACAACAAGGACGUUACAAAUGCGAAUGUUUGCCAGGAUGGGAAGGACAACAGUGUGAAAUCAACACUGAUGACUGCAUUGAAAAACCAUGCUUACUUGGCGCCCCUUGUACAGAUUUGGUCAAUGACUUCAGUUGUGCUUGUCCACCAGGUUUUUCAGGGAAACGCUGUCAUGAAAAAAUAGAUCUUUGUGCGAACGAACCAUGUAGACACGGUAUUUGUACGGAUAAACUGUAUGUUCAUCAAUGCGUUUGUGAUCCGGGAUGGACUGGACCUUCUUGUGAUAUUAAUAUUAAUGAGUGCGUUAUGUCACCUUGUGAAAACGGAGGCCAAUGUAUUGAUGGUAUUGAUGAUUUCACAUGCAACUGCGAAGCCGGAUAUACAGGAAAAAGAUGUCAGCAUACUAUUGACGAUUGUUCUUCGAACCCGUGUCAAAACAGUGCCACCUGUAUUGACCAAAUAGAUGGUUUUAUAUGCAGAUGUCGACCCGGCUUUAUUGGACUACAAUGUGAAACAGCUAUCGACGAAUGUUUAACGGAACCUUGCAACCCACAAGGAACCGAACGCUGUGUAGAUCUUGAUAAUAAAUACCAAUGCUUAUGUCGAGAAGGUUUCACAGGGGAAAUGUGUGAAACUAAUAUUGACGACUGUUUCUCAAAUCCAUGUGUUAAUGGUGGAUCCUGUAAGGAUGAAAUCGGUGACUAUAGAUGCGUUUGUCAACCUGGAUGGACCGGUAAACGAUGCGAAAAAGAUAUUGGCAAUUGUAUGAACAGGCCAUGCCAAAAUAAUGCUAAAUGUAUUGAUCUUUUCCAAGACUUCUUCUGUGUUUGCCCAAGCGGAACGGACGGAAAACAAUGCGAAACUGCUCCUGAAAGGUGUAUUGGAAGUCCUUGCAUGCAUGGUGGAAAGUGUCAAGAUUUUGGUUCCGGACUUAACUGUACAUGUUCUCCAGACUACACUGGUAUUGGUUGUCAAUACGAAUUUGACGCCUGUGAUGCAGGUCUCUGCCAAAAUGGAGCAACAUGUAUAGAUGAAGGUGAAGAUUACAGUUGCACUUGUGCACCGGGUUUCAAAGGAAAAAAUUGUGAUGAAGAUAUCAUUGAUUGCAAGGACAAUUCGUGUCCACCAUCAGCUACCUGCAUUGAUUUACCAGGAAGAUUCUACUGUCAGUGUCCAUUCAAUCUUACUGGCGACGAUUGUAGAAAAACAAUAAGUGUCGACUAUGAUCUUUACUUCAGUGAUCCUUUGAGGUCCAGUGCUGCACAAGUUGUACCCUUCGACACAGGUUCAACUAACAGUUUGACUAUCGCAAUGUGGGUACAGUAUACACAACAAGAUGAAGGUGGCAUAUUCUUUACAGCCUACAGCGUCAGUAAUUCACAUAUUGCUCUGAACAGAAGAAUUAUAAUACAAGCACAUUCUAACGGUGUUCAAGUAUCUUUGUUCCCUGAACUGCAAGAUGUUUAUCUAAGUUUCGGUGAAUUUGCUACUGUUAAUGAUGGCCAAUGGCAUCACGUUGCUCUAGUCUGGGAUGGCGCUAAUGGUGGCGAACUUACACUUAUCACUGAAGGUUUAAUUGCCAGUAAGAUUGACGGAUAUGGCAGUGGACGAACACUUCCACAAUAUGUUUGGGUAACAUUAGGUAAACCUCAAUCUGACAAUCCUAAAGCAUACACUGAAUCUGGAUUCCAAGGUUAUCUCACUAAAGUUCAAAUAUGGAACCGGGCACUUGAUGUUACCAAUGAGAUUCAGAAACAGGUUCGAGAUUGCAGGAGUGAACCUGUUCUAUACAAUGGACUAGCAUUAACAUGGGCAGGAUAUGAAGACUUAAUUGGAGGUGUUGAGAGAAUAGUUCCAUCGCACUGUGGCCAAAGAGUGUGUCCUAACGGAUAUACUGGCGGUAAAUGCCAACAACUACAAGUAGACAAAGAACCACCAAAAGUAGAUAGAUGCCCUGGAGAUUUGUGGGUUAUCGCCAAAAACGGAUCUUCAAUAGUCAGUUGGGAUGCUCCAGUAUUCAGCGAUAACGUAGGAGUUAGUCAAAUAGUAGAAAAAUCUGGCCAUAAACCUGGUCAAAAUCUCGCUUGGGGAGCAUACGAUAUUGCUUACAUUGCGUAUGAUGCGGCAGGCAAUGCUGCAACAUGCACUUUCAAGGUUACUGUACUAUCUGAAUUUUGCCCUCCGUUAGCUGAUCCACUGGGUGGUUAUCAAUCCUGCCGUGAUUGGGGAGCAGGCGGUCAAUUCAAGGUUUGCGAGAUCGCUUGCCGUGAUGGCCUUAGAUUCUCACAACCUGUACCUCCAUUCUACACAUGCGGUGCUGAAGGUUUCUGGAGACCGACUAGAGAUCCAAGUCUACCACUUGUCUACCCUGCUUGUUCACCAUCUCAACCAGCUCAACGCGUCUUCAAAAUCUCAAUGUUAUUCCCAAGUUCAGUUCUUUGCAACGACGCAGGGCAAGGUGUAUUACGACAAAAAGUACGAACUGCCAUAAACCAAUUAAACAGAGAUUGGAACUUCUGUUCAUACGCUAUCGAAGGUACCAGGGAAUGUAAAGAAUUUGAUAUCAAUGUGAAAUGUGACCACCGUGCUAACGUAAGACAAAAACGACAAGUGGUGCCUACAUCCGCCCCUACAGAGGACACAUAUGUUUUGGACGCAAUUAUACCAGUAGACGAGACACGAAGCAGUAGGGAGGGAAGACAAGUAGGUGAUACGUACAGCGUCGAAAUCUCAUUCCCGGCUGUCAAUGACCCAGUAAUUCAUAGCGGUACCAAUGAACGUUCAACUGUUCAAAAAUUACUGGAAAAACUUAUUCUCGAAGACGAACAAUUCGACGUGCGAAAUAUUCUUCCGAACACUGUUCCCGACCCGGCGAGCUUGGAGUUAGUUUCUGAUUAUGCCUGCCCUAUGGGACAAGUUGUCAUGGCACCAGAUUGUGUUGCUUGCGCGGUGGGUACAUACUUAGACACCGCAAGUGACACUUGCAAACCAUGUCCCUCUGGAACUUAUCAAUCUGAGGCCGGUCAGCUACAAUGUACCGCCUGCCCUGCCAUUGCAGGACAACCUGGAGUAACCCAAACUACCGGAGCACGAAGCGCGGGCGAUUGUAAAGAGCGUUGCGCAGCGGGUAAAUUCUAUGACGCUGAAGCGGAGUUAUGCAGGCCAUGUGGACAUGGAUCUUAUCAGCCUAAAGAAGGUGCUUUCUCAUGCGUCGCAUGUCCUCGAGGACAAACCACAAGGGCUACAGAAGCAGUAUCCACUGCUGAAUGCCGUGACGAUUGUCCUUCUGGUGAACAAUUAAGCAGCGACGGCGGCUGUGAGGCGUGUCCGCGCGGUACUUGGCGUGCCAAUGGAGCCGGCGCUGCAUGUGCGCCGUGCCCGCCCGGGACCACCACGCCGCAGGCUGGUGCUGCUUCUGCUGAUCAAUGCUCUUUGCCUGUCUGCAAAGCUGGAUCAUACCUCAAUGUAACAUUGAACUCGUGCAUACAGUGCAAGAAGGGCAUGUACCAAUCAGAGGCCCAACAGACUGCUUGUGUACCGUGCCCUAUCAAUACCAGCACAAGGGAAUCCGGCGCAACAUCCGAAUCUCAAUGCACUAACCCUUGCGAGAUGAGUGGACCCGAGAUGCACUGCGAUGUAAAUGCGUACUGCCUUCUCAUGCCGGACAACGAAUUUAAGUGCCAAUGCAAACCCGGCUUCAACGGCACCGGGAAAGUUUGUAUAGAUGUAUGCGAUAACUUCUGUGACAACGGUGGUGAAUGUGUAAAGGAUGCACGUAAGGAGCCAUCCUGCCGCUGCACAGGUUCAUUCACCGGCCGGCAUUGCAGAGACAAGAGCGAGUUCGCCUACAUAGCAAGUGGGGUUGCCGGCGGCGUUAUAUUCAUUAUAUUCCUCGUAUUAUUAGUCUGGAUGAUUUGCGCUAGAUCAACAAAGAAGAAGGAACCAAAGAAAACAUUAACACCAGCUAUAGAUCAAAACGGUUCCCAAGUGAACUUCUACUACGGAGCGCAUACUCCAUACGCGGAGUCUAUUGCACCUUCGCAUCAUUCCACAUACGCCCAUUAUUACGACGACGAGGAAGACGGUUGGGAGAUGCCCAAUUUCUACAACGAGACAUACAUGAAAGAGAGUUUACACAACGGAAUGAAUGGAAAGAUGAAUAGUUUAGCACGAUCCAACGCUAGUAUAUAUGGCACCAAGGAUGAUCUGUACGAUAGGCUAAAGAGACACGCGUAUCCGGGUAAGAAAGAUAAAAGUGACAGCGACAGUGAAGGUCAGUAAUAUUAAGGACUGCGAUGUAUCGUAUUCUGGUCAUAUCUUACAUAAUUCUAAAUCGUACUAGUUUCAAUUUGGUACUCUAGAACGAGUACCCGAACAAUAAUAGUCAAUAUUAUUGAAUUUAUGUAUAUCUGUAUAGGUAAUGUGACCAAUUGUGUUGCUCUACAAUAACAAACGGUUCCCAUGUAUGUUAAUGUGGAAUUUUGUAUUCUUUUAGCUUUAUUAUUAAGAAAUAGGUUAUAUUUUAUGACGAAUGUGUAUUAACACACUCACUGUUUAAUCGUCACAGCCCCACCAAAUAUAUUUUUAAAACUCUGUCACAAUUCAAUUUAACAACAUAAUUAAGAAAUACAAAGAGAAGAUUAUACGAAUAUUUUGUAUAAAACAGUGAAUGUGUUGAUGUUCUUAUGAUUAUCAACGAAUGAAAUGCUCAAAUAAGUAUUUUAGGCUAAUAAUGCCAUAUCAGAAAGCAGGGCGUUGCAAAAUUGUAAUAUGUAUAGAUAUUCAAUUGUACCUUCAUUACAACGACAUUCCAAUAAAUGUUCUGUAAAUAUUAAUAUUAUUAUAAUACUUGUAUAUUUUGUCUUUUGCGGAAGAUGUUGAUAGUCGUUGUGGCGUUAGUAUUAAUCGUUUAUGUAAAAUUAAGUUUUUGUAUCACUAGAUUUUAAAUAAGUACGUAAUAAUACGUAUAGUUAAUUAGUCAUAUAAUUUUAAACAGGGUGAAAUUAAAAUACUUAUAUAAACAUCUAUACACGAUAAUGUACUAGAUACAGAAUUAAAUUUAUGAAGUAUUCAUACUUUGCACUUAAUAUUACCCCUUCCACAACCAUUCAUCUCAUGAAUGAUUUCAUUACAUUUGUUUUUCAGUUUACACUGAGUAAAGCUCUUUACUUUCUUUAAUAUUUCAUUAAAAUCAAGUAUGAUAUUUAUUUUAUUCUUCCUAUACCUAUUUAUUUUAAUAUUAAAUUUGUCAUUAAAGACGAGUAAGAUUCAAUACAUGAUGUAAAUGUACAACUUAAAUUUCACUCUGUUUAGUAUCCGGUUAAUACUACGACAAAAUGAUUAUUUGACUUAGUUGAAUGUCAAGUCCAUAAUUUUGUAUUAUAAACAGAACUGUAUUUUUUAAUCUUUACAAUUUUACAUGUAUGUUUGAAUGGAUGUAUAUUGUGAGUAGUAUGACUGUAUGUUACUUUCGUGAUAGGAAAAUGAAUAGUUGCAUAAUGUAUCAUAUCAGAACUUUUGUAUUAAAAUAAUAAGACUUCUAUACUUAAUAGUUAUUAAUUUAUUUAAAAUGACCAAAAGUACAUAUAAAGUUGUAUUAAUUUGGACGAUGUAUGUAUGACAGAUAUUAUUUACUCUUGCGUUUUGUAUACACUAAAACAUAAAUCAAUACUCAUACUCGUGAGUGGUCUUAUUCCAUCACAAUUUAUUACCACAUUAGUGAUUAUGUUAACAAUACUAUUUUUACAAAGAAAAUAAUGAAAUAAUAAAUUUUAUGCGUAUUUUUAAA